CCGGUUUGGUGAAACAAAAACAGACAGAGGAAGCAGCUGUGAGAGGAGGACGGCCCGCCCGACGACGAGGUGAUUUGUUCCAGAAAAGGUGUCCACAGUGUAAACACAGACGGAGAGAGGGGGGACCUGCACACACAAACACACACACACACACAGACGCACACACCAGCGCGCACAGACCGAUUUGGACACCCAGCCAUGGUGAAGAUCAGCUUCCAGGCUGUCGCGGGACAGAAAGUGGAGAAGGAGAAUGAUGGCGAUAAGACUGAAAUCCUCAUCCCUCAUCCUCUGGAUGAGGACGAGCUGGUCCUUCCACUGCGGCCCAAAAAGAGCCCCCUCAACGGGCUGUGCUGCCUGACGUUCGGCCUGGUUGUGUUCAUGGCCGGUCUGGUCCUUGCCUCCAUUUACGUCUACCGUUACUACUUUAUACCUCAUAUCCCAGAGGAGAACCUGUUCCACUGCAGGGUGCUGUACGAAGACUCUGCGUACGCUCCGUUGCGUGGGCGUCAGGAGAUCGAGGAAAAUGUUGGCAUCUACUUGGCCGACAACUACGAGAAGAUCACCGUGCCUGUGCCUCACUUCGGAGGCAGUGACCCCGCUGAUAUAAUCCAUGACUUCCACAGAGGAUUGACCGCCUACCAUGACAUAGCUCUGGACAAAUGCUACGUGAUAGAGCUCAACACCACCAUCGUGAUGCCGCCACGCAACCUCUGGGAGCUUCUAAUCAACGUCAAGAAGGGAACAUACUUGCCUCAGACCUACAUCAUCCACGAGGAGAUGGUGGUGACUGGGAGAGUGCACAACAUGCGUCAGCUGGGACCGUUUAUCUACCGCCUGUGCAACGGAAAGGACACGUACCGCCUAAGCCGGCGUGUCACCCGCAGACGCAUCGACAAGCGCGAGGCGAAGGACUGCCACCACAUCCGUCACUUCGAGAACACAUUUGUGGUGGAGACGGUUAUCUGCGAUGAAGCGUAAGCGCGGCGGUGAUCCGUGACAACCCAACCCCCCAAAAGGCACAGCUCCAUCACCACCCCAGCCACUGUAGCAUCCUCCUGUGGAUCUGAUCUUGUCUGAGUCGCACUUUACUCGUUCAUUUGGAUUGUUAAGAUGUUUUUUCUUAAUUCCUACCUGAAUGUUUUUUUUUUCUAUACCCCUUGGUACCCUGACAUGUGAUGCAAUACUAAGCUGCUGGUUUUAUCACAGGAUUUUCCUUGUAGCACAGUCUUUAAGCCAAUAAUGAACACAAUUGCAAGACCUCUCCUCUCCCUCUGGGGAUCUGUUGUUCCUGCUUGGGGAGUUGAUGGUCUCCACGUGUUGCUGAGGUGACUGCACUUUUGUUUUCUCUGCGGCACACGAGCUGUCUCUAAGUUCUUCUUACACAAUCAUCCAUGCAGAGCAUGAUGUCUUGCUUUCUUGUGCAAACAUUGAAAUGUUUUCUCUCAUGGUCUCUUAAAUGUAAACAUGUAACUGCUGAUAACUAGUUGCUUGCUUGCAUAUUUAUCCCCUUGCCUGCGUCCUUACUUCACCUCCUGCUUCUCAUUUCCUUCUUUAAGAGAACUGUCACAAAGUAGACAUAAGAGGAGGUUGCAUUGGGAAAUAGAUUGCAUCCACAUGUUUGUAUAUCAUUAGAAUUGAAACGAGUGAACAUUGUAGUUCUUUUUGAUGCUCUCAAUAGUCAUCAGCUUUUUUAACUCACUUUGAAUCAUUGCCUUUGUGAACCUUUAUAAGAUAAUGUCUGUUUUCCCUUGCAUGUCUUAUAAGAAAAAACAGCACUGUUAGAAUGUUUUGUAAAACAACGUUUCAAGCCUUAAUCCAGAGACUGGAUUAAAGUCAAAGCUACUGAUAUGAGAGCAUAAUACAUGUCUGUUAGUUAAACAAACAAAACCAACUUUGAGCUGUAUAUUUUGUCUGCUGAUGAAAUCUGUCUGUGAAUAAAGUAGUGAAAAUAAG